CCCACUUUAAGAUGGCGGAUAGUAUUCCUUUACACCCGGUGCGGAACCUGCAAAAGAGACAGGAAUAUUAUCCGGGGAGACAGAGCAGAUGCAAAACAAAACCUUUGCCUUUGUUGGCUUGUUUCAAACAAUCAUCCACCAAUCAUCCUUGAAAUUUACAAGCAGUCACUUUUGACCUGUGAGGGAUUUCAGUAGUUUUCAACCAGCUACAAUGGCUUGUAUUUACCCAGAUAUCAAGUGGAAGAUGAGUCAUCUAGUUUAGAUGAGAUGCCAUUGAUGAUGUCAGAAGAAGGUUUUGAAAAUGAUGAGAGUGACUAUCACACAUUACCAAGAGCUAGAAUUACUCAGAAGAAACGAGGGCUAGGCUGGUUUGUAUUCGGUGGAUGGAAAUUACUUUGUACCAGUUGCUGUGACUGUCUUGCUAACAUCUGUCGGAGAAAAAAACAGCUUAAAGCUCGCAUGGUAUGGCUGGGACAUCCAGAGAAGAGCGAGGAAAAAUAUCCAAAAAAUGCCAUCAAAAACCAGAAGUACAACCUCUUUACAUUUGUACCUGGGGUAUUAUAUCAACAAUUCAAGUUUUUCUUGAAUCUUUAUUUUCUGGUGGUAUCGUGUUCACAGUUUGUACCAUCAUUGAAGAUAGGCUAUCUGUACACGUACUGGGCUCCUCUAGGUUUUGUUAUGGCGGUGACAAUAGUUCGGGAGGCUUUAGAUGAGUUCCGUCGCUAUCAACGCGAUGAGGAGAUGAAUUCACAGCUAUAUAGCAAGCUUACCAUAAGAGGUAAAGUGCAGGUGAAGAGUUCAGACAUUCAAGUGGGAGAUCUUAUUAUAGUCGAGAAGAACCAGCGCAUUCCUGCUGACAUGAUCUUUUUGAGAACAUCAGAAAAAAGUGGCGCAUGUUUCAUCCGUACGGAUCAACUAGAUGGUGAAACAGACUGGAAGCUCAGGGUAGCUGUUUGCUGCACGCAGAGAUUGCCAGCUUUGGGUGAUCUUUUUACAAUCAAUGCUCAUGUUUAUGCUCAGAAGCCACAAAUGGACAUUCAUAGUUUUGAAGGGACCUUCACACGGGAAGAUAGUGAUCCUUUCAUCCAUGAAAGUCUGAGUACAGAAAACACACUUUGGGCCAGCACAGUAGUAGCUUCUGGUACUGUGAUAGGGGUGGUAAUUUAUACUGGAAAAGAAACUCGCAGUGUAAUGAAUACUUCCAAUCCCAAAAAUAAAGUCGGCUUGCUGGACCUGGAGCUAAAUCGACUGACGAAGGCUUUGUUUUUAGCUCUAGUUGUGCUUUCGGUGGUUAUGGUAGCUUUACAAGGAUUCGUGGGCCCUUGGUAUCGCUACCUAUUCCGGUUCAUCCUAUUAUUUUCCUAUAUCAUCCCCAUCAGUUUACGGGUAAACCUAGACAUGGGGAAAGCAGCUUACGGUUGGAUGAUCAUGAGAGAUGAUAAUAUUCCAGGCACAGUGGUUCGGACAAGCACAAUACCAGAAGAACUGGGACGUUUAGUUUAUUUAUUAACAGAUAAGACAGGAACCCUUACACAGAAUGAGAUGGUAUUCAAGCGCCUCCACUUGGGCACCGUUUCCUAUGGGACAGACACAAUGGAUGAAAUUCAAAGCCAUAUCAUUGGCUCCUAUGCACAGGGAAAUAGUUCACACAGUUAUUCGACAGGAAGUAGUGCCAGUACUGCCUCAUCCAGCAAAACCACUUCCUCUGCUCCAAAAGUUCGGAAAUCUGUCCACAGUCGCAUACAUGAAGCUGUAAAAGCCAUUGCUCUGUGUCACAACGUUACACCUGUCUAUGAAUCACGUGCAGGGGUGAAUGGAGAAACAGAAUAUGCUGAGGCUGACCAGGAUUUCAGUGAUGAAAACCGCACAUACCAAGCCUCCAGUCCUGAUGAGGUGGCUCUUGUACAGUGGACGCAAAGUGUGGGUCUGACAUUGGUGAGCAGAGAUCUCUCAUCUAUGCAGCUGAAGACCCCUGGUGGACAAAUCCUUCCAUUCAUCAUUCUGCAGGUUUUUCCUUUCACAUCUGAAAGCAAAAGAAUGGGCAUCAUUGUCAGGGAUGAUUCUUCAGGGGAAAUCACAUUCUAUAUGAAAGGAGCUGAUGUGGUAAUGUCAAGCAUUGUACAGUACAAUGAUUGGCUGGAAGAAGAGUGUGGGAACAUGGCUAGAGAAGGACUACGGACACUUGUGGUGGCCAAAAAGUCCCUAACAGAAGAACAGUAUCAGGAUUUUGAGAACCGGUACAACCAAGCAAAGCUAAGUGUCCACGAUCGCUCGUUAAAGGUGGCGGCUGUCGUGGAGAGUCUUGAACGAGAAAUGGAACUUCUCUGUCUCACUGGAGUGGAGGAUCAGCUACAAGCAGAUGUGAGACCAACCCUGGAGUUGUUGAGAAAUGCUGGAAUAAAGAUAUGGAUGUUGACUGGAGAUAAACUGGAAACGGCCACUUGCAUUGCAAAAAGCUCUCAUCUGGUGUCUAGGAAUCAGGAUGUCCACAUCUUCCAUCCUGUAAUGAAUCGUGGUGAAGCUCAUUUGGAGCUGAAUGCAUUCAGAAGGAAGCAUGACUGUACGCUGGUUAUAUCAGGAGAUUCUUUAGAGGUUUGUCUGAAAUACUACGAGCAUGAAUUUGUGGAACUUGCAUGCCAGUGCCCAGCUGUUGUCUGCUGCCGAUGUUCUCCCACCCAAAAGGCUCAAAUUGUGAAGUUGUUGCAACAGCAUACAGGCAAACGCACAUGUGCAAUAGGUGAUGGAGGUAAUGAUGUCAGCAUGAUUCAAGCAGCAGACUGUGGGAUUGGAAUUGUAGGAAAAGAAGGUAAACAGGCUUCUUUGGCAGCAGAUUUUUCCAUCACUCAGUUUAAGCACAUCGGCAGGCUACUGAUGGUGCAUGGUCGUAACAGUUACAAGCGAUCUGCUGCACUUGGCCAGUUUGUCAUCCACCGGGGCCUUAUCAUCUCCACUAUGCAGGCUGUAUUUUCGUCAGUGUUCUAUUUUGCAUCUGUUCCAUUGUAUCAGGGUUUCCUCAUGGUAGGGUAUGCUACCAUCUACACAAUGUUUCCUGUUUUUUCCCUGGUGUUAGACCAGGAUGUAAAGCCAGAGACAGCAAUAUUAUAUCCAGAACUUUACAAGGACCUCACAAAGGGACGUUCAUUAUCCUUCAAGACGUUCCUUAUUUGGGUUCUAAUAAGCAUAUACCAAGGUGGCAUUUUAAUGUAUGGAGCAUUGGUGCUGUUUGAGUCUGAGUUUGUACACGUAGUAGCAAUUUCCUUCACUGCUCUGAUCUUGACCGAGUUGCUGAUGGUCGCACUUACGAUUCGGACCUGGCAUUGGCUUAUGGUUGUGGGGGAGUUCCUCAGUCUUGGCUGCUAUGUGGCCUCCCUUGCAUUUCUCAAUGAGUACUUUGAUGUCGCCUUUAUCACCACUGUGACCUUCCUGUGGAAAGUGUCAGCAAUUACCCUCGUCAGUUGUCUUCCACUUUAUAUUCUCAAAUACUUGAAGCGCAAAUUCUCUCCACCCAGUUACUCCAAACUUACCUCAUAGUGCAAAUGCUUUGUUCAAUAAGUGACACUUUUGCCAUCGCCGCGGAGGGGUCUAAUCAUCCCUUUAAAAAGAAACUUCACAGGGAAACUGAAGUCUUUUGAAAAUGGUCUGUUGACCAAACAGCCAAAUAAAAAGCAAUGAAAUGCUGCAUACACUGUGUGGAGCAUUGAAAGAAAUGACAAUACUUCUGAAUAACAAGGCACUGCACAGGACCUCUGAAAUGAAGGAAUGCCUUCAAACUUUUCACAGUACUGAUGGAGUCAGGGAGAAAAUGGAAAUAACUUGUCUUUGUAUAUCUUUUUUACUUUUUCUCUUUUUUUUUUCUCCUUGCUAAUUUGUGUAAAAAUUCAAAUGUACUUUUGUUUAAAAAUUUGCUGUACUUUUUAUUGUUCCUGCAUUACAAUUCUGUAAUGAGUUGCAGAAUCGCCCAUGAAGUGCUAGUUAGCACAUUGUCCAAAUUGUGUUGUAUAAAAGCUCACUUAUUGAUGCCAUUGUGCACAAAGCAACAAAUUAGCACUAUAUAUAUUUAUUGGAAUUUCAGCUACCUUUAUAAGUGCUCUCCACUUUAGCAUUUGCUAUUAUUAAUAUAUCUAUAUUUCCCUGUCUCUAAAUUGCAGCUGUGUCUGUGAAGCAAAUAUGCACUAACAGGGAUAUGCACAGCAGACUUUCAACAUCCCACAUUGUCAUUAACAUUUGCUGUCUACCUCCCCUAUAUUUUCUCCCCAGUAUUAUCUAAUUUAUUUAUUUUUGGAGACCAACCUUAGGAAUGCGACAACCUGAAUUUUAUGUGAGGCAUUCUACUUCACAAAGUUUUGGAAAUUAUUUUUUUUGCAAUUUAUCUAAAAACAUGCAUUGUCCGUACAUUGUGAAAUUUCCAUUUCUUCUCCUCUUUGUCAGACUCAAGUCUUUUAUUGUAAUGUGGACUCGAGCCUGGGAGAAUUAAGAAGUUUGCCCCUCUGUCUCUGCAGCCCCCCCGCACUUGCCUUGAGGUGUAAAAGAAAACCAACAUUCUUCAAAUCAUAGUAAGAUCAUAAUUUCAAUGAUCCUGGGGUAAUAUGCUCCUGGGUUGAUUUAUUUAAAGUUUAUAUAAUAAAAUGGAGUACAAAAGAAAACGUGGUAUUUUUUACAAAGCGGAUCAGCAAUGUAUUCCGCUAGCAGUUUCCUGGAUCCAGCACUGAAUCAGAAUUUACUGCACUUGCUUAGAAAUUCCAUUUUGAAAGUAUAUGAGAAUCAAAUGUAUUAUGUUGUUCAGUAAGGAUGCAGAGUACUUCAUAUAAGUCACUUGUGGAAAUUAAUUUUUGUAUUCAUAGCGUAUUAAAAAAUCUUUUUGCAUUCAUUUUUAAUUAACUAGUGUUCUGAUUUAUCAAUGUAUGUAUCCAUGAACAUGCCUAAAGGCGUCUUAAAAGGCGUGAACAUUGAUAGGUUACUACGCUGUUCCAGUUUUAAUUAAACAUUUGACUUCUCGGUUCCACAUGAUUAUGCUAAAUUUGUGUCCAUUUAAAUUAGCUUCUCAUGGCUGCCCUUAAGAGACAUAGCUCUGAUCGCGAAUGGGAGUUGUAUACCAUUUUUGUAAAUAGCCUCCAAAUGAUGGAUGCCUGGCGUCAGAUUCCGAUUGUUAUUCUUUGCUGCAGCUGUGAAGUAGUUGUAAUAAAAUGAGUAACGGUGAAAUGUGUUCCAAUGGUCACCUUGAUUAAGCCACCAUCUGGAUUAAGUAUACAUCGAUUGCCAUAUCACACCUAUUAAUAGAAAUGGCCAUGUUAGCAAUAUAAGUAAAUGGAGCCUGCAUCAGGGUCUAGCUACCACCCCUCCAGAUCAGCCACGGUAAUUGUUUUCAAAUUAACUUACUGUUGUGAUUAAGCCAUUAAGUGUCACUGUAUGUCAUAUGGAUUCAAAAUUUUUAAGGAACCACUUGAGUUUAAUGGUGAAGGUGACCACUUUAUUCAGAUUUUACUGUAUUGUUAAAUUAAACUGGAGUUCCCUCUGCACAAUAAAGUGAAUUUACAUUUU